AUGGCGCCAUUCCCUAGUAUCGUAUUUAUUGUUAUUCUGUUUAAAAGUGUUUUGCGACCAUGCUUGCCCUACCUUUGCAAAAUUCAGCUUGGCAAUGGAAAGCCGUGUUCAACGGAUUAUGUGGCUCUGAGUAGUACUGCAAAUCCGAGUUCCACAAGUGAAUAUGUUCAAUGUGGAUCAACUAUACCCAGUGACGAAUUUACAACCACAGGAUCGGAUUUAUACUGGAGUGUCAAAGUGAAAGACUAUGAGAGUCAACCGUAUUUGAGUAUGAUUAUCAAAUCAGUCAAUGCCAAAGUAUCAUGUGGAACGUUUCCUGAUACAUUUGAUGGAUCUGAACAAGUGUUCCAAUUUCCAGUGGACGGUAAAGCAAUGGAACUCGAUGUUGAGUGCCAAUACACAAUUACCAAUGAUAAAGGAUCAAAAAUCGAGGCAAAGAUCAUGCAUAUGAAGCUUGGCAAUGGAAAGCCGUGUUCAACGGAUUAUGUGGCUCUGAGUAGUACUGCAAAUCUGGGUUUGAUAACUGAACAUGUUCAGUGGGGAUCAACUGUACCCAGUGACGACUUUACGACCACAGGAUCGGAAAGGUACUGGAAAGUGAGUGACGAACUAUAG